ACCGUGUCUCGCGUCACGCCGAGCCUCCGACGCGUCCUGGAGGCUACCGGUACCGGUACCGUCAGCGACUGUCAGCGUUUUGCGUUAGCCCCAAUGGACGCGCCGGUAUAUUAUUCCAAGGCUGAAUUCAUCGAAACUGACACAGGAAACAAAGUCUCUCGAAGAGCCACCAUAGCUGGACCUCAGAACAUCAUUCUCGGAGGAAAGACUAUUAUUUCCAGCACCGCAAUCAUACGGGGAGAUCUCCGCAGAACAGGUCCUGGUCAUGCCGUCGUCAUUUCCCUUGGAAGGUACUGUCUUGUGGGCGAGGGUUGCGUGAUGAGGCCACCAUACAAGACGUAUCGCGGAAAUUUCAAUUACUAUCCGAUGAAAAUCGGGGACUAUGUUCAUAUUGGUGCCAACACCGUCGUUGAAGCCGCGACGAUUGGGAAUCAUGUCGUUAUUGGGAAGAAUUGCGUUAUUGGCAAAUUUACAAUCAUCAAAGAUUGUGCUCAAGUCGCAGACAACACUGUAAUUCCUCCCAACACUGUUAUUCCAGCGCUGGCACUAUUUGGUGGCUCGCCAGGUCGCUUCGUCGAAGAUUUGCCAGAGUCGACACAAGAGAUGGUUGAAUCCCAGACGAAACAGUACUACAGCCGUUUCCAGCCUUUAGACCGAUGAUUCGGCAUCAUGUUCGCUUAGCCUUAACCCACUUACCAUCACUUGUAUAAUCAGAUCAUCAUACUUAUCGUGCGUCACCUCUGGACAGUAUCAUGCAUUGCACCUGUCUGCCAUACUGUACAGUGACAUGGCAUCUCAGUCAUUCUCCUCGAUUCCUUCUCUCCCAUGGCUUCGUCUACAAUGAUCUCUCUGUGGGUCUAGCUUGAAACCCCACUUACCUACUCGCGCCGGUUGAAAUAACGUCGAUGUGCCUGUUAUUCGAGGUGGGCGACACCAAAUACGGGUCCCUCGAAUAGAUUGAUCGAUUUACUAAAGGUCUGUUGUAUACAGCAGGGGUGCACUGACGUCUGCGCAAUCAGGUUCAUGUUGCACACAACCGCCUAAAUGCGCGAUACACGAGGCACACGAUUGCACAUUGUACAUGAACUAGAAGAGACCAUGGGAAAGGUCAAGUAGUACAG